AUGGAUGACCUGGGAGAAGAUUUGAAUGCGUCAAAAGCAAGAUUAAUAGUCGACAACCACGCUGAGGUCUGGGGGGCUGGGGACUACAAGAGAGCAGGAAACGGCCAGGCCCGCGACGUGAGCACCCGCCAGAACGGCCACUCGGACGACCUCGAAAGAGUCCUUACAGAGGCCAUCAGAGUGAUUCUCCCAGUUUGGAGAACCAUACCAAAGAAGGUACUCUUCAAAGAAUCAGGCCUACAAACCAUACUCAGCAAGAUCCGGAUGCGGUUCAGCCUGAGAAUCAGAGCCAUGGAUAACAUGCACCCGUUAGUCCGAAUGAGAGAUGGAAAGAUGGAAAGCCAGACCGGACCACGAAAGCAAGAGACGGCAUUUCCCGAGGCCGCACCGAAAUACCAGUACCAGAACCAGAACCCUGACGUCUCUCCAACCUCGUCUCCAAUCGCCAGCUUGACCAGGUCCGUCUUCCAGCGAUUUGCGAGUUUGGCAUCUGUGUUGAGUACAGAGGGGUCGGAAGGCUAUGCCGAGCAUGCGGCUCGUGUGGUCGACGAUACUACGAGAUUCAGAAUCUGGGCCGACAACAUCGGAGCUCAUCACCCAGCAUCAGACGCUCGGUCCGCUGAAGCCAGACCGCGGGAUGCCACAGAGGUUGCAGAACGUGUCUCUCACAUACUGGCCGAGCUUCGCGAUGAUCUCGAUGAUGCCUAUGAGGCGUGCACCGCCUCGGAACAUGACGGCGCUGCACAUGGUGAGGCUACAUCUGAUUACGCUUGUGGCUCCUCAAGCGAAGCUGCAUCAAAGCUGGGAGCCUAG